CUGCUACCGGAUAAGGCCAUCUGGCCAUCGAAGAGGACAUGUGAGACCACUCGUUCUCUGCUCUCCCAAUCGCUUGCAUUGCCGCCGGAAAGCAAAAGCAACCAUUGCCGGUGACCAGCGGUCGACGAGUUACUCUCCUGUCGAGCUCCAAAGCCAAGUAGCCACUGCACCCACCAGCCACCAGCGCCGUGCCGGCCCAUGGGAUUAUGACGAUUGCUGUACUGACACGUGUCUCGCUUUCCUCUUCUAUAAAAUCCUAUCCUACAGAUCUUCGUGACCAUCUAGAGAGAUCCGCUACAUCCUGUUCCCUGCGGAAUCGGCGUCUUCCUCGGAAAGUGCAUAAGAAUUGCGGGGCGUUCUCUGCGACGGCCAUGGCGGACCUUGUCCGGAGCACUGUACUGGUAACCGGCGCCGGCGGUAGAACCGGUCAAAUUGUUUAUAAGAAAUUGAAGGAGAGAACAGAAAACUAUAUUGCCAGGGGUUUGGUGAGGACAGAGGAGAGCAAAGAGAAAAUUGGAGGAGCUGAUGAUGUUUUUGUUGCUGAUAUAAGGGAUGCCCAAAGCAUCGUCCCUGCAGUUCAAGGAAUAGAUGCUCUUAUCAUUCUUACUAGUUCUGUCCCAAAAAUGAAGCCAGGGUAUGACCCAAGCCAGGGUGGGAGGCCAGAGUUUUAUUUUGAGGAUGGAGCAUAUCCUGAACAGGUUGAUUGGGUUGGUCAGAAAAAUCAGAUUGACGCUGCUAAGGCUGCUGGGGUGAAGCAGAUUGUUCUGGUUGGUUCUAUGGGUGGUACAGACCUAAAUCAUCCUUUGAAUAGCUUGGGGAAUGGAAAUAUAUUGGUGUGGAAGCGGAAGGCAGAGCAAUAUCUGGCGGAUUCUGGUGUUCCAUACACAAUUAUAAGGGCUGGAGGGCUGCAGGACAAGGAUGGGGGCCUGCGGGAGCUCCUUGUAGGUAAAAAUGAUGAACUCCUUAAAACUGAAACCAAAACAAUUGCUAGGGCUGAUGUUGCAGAAGUCUCCAUACAGGCUUUACAGUUUGAGGAGGCAAAAUUCAAGGCAUUUGACCUCGCAUCAAAGCCCGAGGGUACUGGUACACCAACAACAGACUUCAAGGCUCUCUUCUCACUUACCUCCGAACGUUUUUGAGCCUUUUUGUGUUUAAACCUUCUCUAAGAACCUCUAAAUAAAUUGUACUGUAGAAUUUGCAAUUCUGUUGUAUUAUUACUAUCAUCAGGGCGAAAUUAGAACUUGUGGAAAUCAUUGUCACAUCUACCUUAAGAGCCAUUUGCAGUGUUGGUUCGC